AUGACCGGCCGGCCUAUCCAGCUUACAGACAGGACCAGAUACCUACCUCCUCCCUUCUCUACCGGCCCUCGUGCCCUCCUCGCCUCGACAAAGGCUCACUGGAGCUUGGCGGCAUUUGUCGUAGCAUCCGCAUGGUUCGACGAUGCACGCUCGUCUGGUGCAGCCGCCUCCGAAUGCCGCAUGCUUGUACGUUGGCGCAACGGCCUGCGACCAAUCAACGGUCGAAAGUGCGUGAUGGUCUUCCAGCCAUAUGCAGGCUGGGCGGUACCGGUAGGUGUACGGAGUAGCAGCGUUCUUCGCAACUUCGCCCCCUCGUCCGCUGUUACCAGGCCCAAAAUCUCACGUUGGCCAUCUUUCGCUUGA